AAGUCACAAAGCAGGUGAGUACCACAAGUUUCUCUCCACACCACCACUCUUAAACUCUUAGUUCUUCAAAGUAUUACAUUUUAUGCUUAUAUGGAACAACUCCAUACUUCCAACGCAGUAACACGUAAAUGGUACUUCUGUUUCCUCUUGAUCUCUAUAUUUUCGAAAGUCGAACCAUCAACCACACCAGACGCAAAUUUACUAUGCAUUAGUGAGUGUGGCACGUGUCCUGUCAUAUGUUCUCCACCACCUUCACCACCGGCCCAGUCAAAGUCACCAUCACUGCCCGUUGAGUCAAAGCCGCCACCAUCACCAUCAACAGAUGACUCAGAGCCACCACCUUAUCUGACUCCCAUAUAUCAUGCAACACCACCGCCACGAUCACAGCCUAUGCCUUCAUCUCCGCCACACACUAAGUCAUGUCCACCACCGUCGUACAUCACAAUGGGUACCAAUGCACCUCCACCUCCGCCUCCACCCAAAGUGGUGGUGGUGCCUUCGACUCAGGUUCCGGCUGUCGAACCGAAGAACAAUCCAUACCCGUAUUACUACUUCUACGCCUCGAAGGGUGUUACCUUUUCUCUUGAUUUUACGGGUUUUGUUAUUGUGUUCGUGUCUUUUCAUGUCAUCUUUCUUUUGCUCGGGUGAUCAUAGUAGUGUCGAUGGUUUUACGUUUUGGUUCGAAGAAGGAUUUUUAUUGAAUUUUGUUUCCUAUUUGUUAUUUAUACGAGUUCAUAGUGAAAUAUACGCUUUAUUCAUUGCAAA